GCGAGCGGCACAGCGAAGAGAGAGAAAGAGACGGGGACAGAGGAGAGAGAAACCCCAGGUCUCGCCGCCUCGCCUUCAUCCGCUUUCGCCUCGCCGCCUCCGCGCCGCCCUCCGUUUCGAGGAGGAGGAGGAGGAGGAGGGGGAGCUCCAGUGCUCGCGCCGCAGCGGCGGCGGCGGCGCCGGGUGCCUGCGCGAAGGCCUCGAGAUCUCGCGGCGGCGCCGCCGGCUUUGUGUGGUGGUUGUGGUGGGUGCGGCGCCGUCUGCUCGGUGAGUUGGCUCGAUCUCUCGCCGCGGCGCUUCCAAUUGAGCUGCUCCGCCCCCCGAAUCGAGGGUUUUGGAGGCCUCCUGCUCUUGGCGGCCGUGCAAUAAACUAACCUCUCGCUUCGGGGGGUUAGGGUUAGGUUUUGGCUGAAUUGUGGUGGAUUUGGGUGGCCCAGGCGGCGCAUUGCGCUCGCGAGCAGACUGGUCUGCGGGUUCCGCCACGCAAUGAUGGGGAAGACGCAGAAGUUCUCCAAGGGGCACCCUCUCGGUUUCGUGCCGGACUACCGAUAUGGGGUGGAAACUGUGGGGGUGUCAAAGGGCCUUGGGAAUCCUGCAAGAAGUGAAGCCAAGAGAAAAUGCAUCAACCUCAAUACGGACGAGGGGGCUGAUGCUCCCGGAUUUAAUGUGCCGCGGGUGGUCUUUGAGUUGCCGAGGAUGUCGGCCUCGGAUAGGAAUGAGCUGGAGAUGAGGCUCCGUGACGAGCUCGAGCAGGUGAGGGCCCUCCAGAGUAGGUUGUUUUCAAGAGGGGCUACGACGAGCAUGAAUGGUGGGACUGCGUCGGCUCCCAGAGGUGAUUUCAACAGCAAUAAAAAGGAUGGGAAGCUCAGGAGGAGCAAUUCAGUGCAGUCUGGCAGAGGAUUACCGCCAUCAGUUGCCCAACCUGUAGUCAGCUCCAUUAACUACACAGCAUCGUUUAAAAAAUGCCAGGAGCUUCUGAAGAACCUUAUGAAGCAUCGCUCUGCAGGCCCGUUUGUUAUGCCAGUUGAUCCUGUGAAGUUGUGUAUCCCUGAUUAUUUUGAUAUAGUCAAGCACCCAAUGGAUUUGGGUACUAUACAGAAAAAGCUGAAUGCAGGUGUGUACCCUACACCUUGGGAGUUUGCCGCAGACGUGAGGCUUACUUUUAGCAACGCUAUACUUUAUAACCCAGUCGGUAAUGCAGUUAACAUAAUGGCCCAGACUAUGAGCAGUGUUUUUGAACCUAGAUGGAAGCCUAUCGAAAAGAAGCUUCCUCGACCAGAUGAGGAACUCUCUGCAAUUGAGCCUUCAAAAAAUGAUGCAGUUGAGAAAAAUAUUGUUGACAACAAAGAGCCUUUUGAUAGAAGACCUUCAAAUAAAGGUGCAUAUAAGAAAAACACCUUUCAAAAAGAGGAGGUGGUUGCCAAGCCAGUUUUGCACCCGAAGAAGAGGAAAGCCUCUCCUUUGGUUCAGGAUGCUCCAGUAGCAUCAGUGAUACAGAUGGCUCAGGUGGCUGAGGAGGUUCCAGUGGUACAAACUGCUAUGGGAAUGAUGACAGAUGAACAAAAGGUUGCUCUAAGCGUAAGACUACAAUCAUAUGGUGGAUUCAUUCCAGAACAUGUAGUUGAGUUCAUAAAGAGGCAUGUUAAUGAUGAUAAUGAUGCUGAUGAAGAUGAGUUGACUAUUGACAUGAACGCUCUCAGCGAUGAUACCCUGUUUGAAUUACAGAAGCUUCUUGAUGACUAUGAUAGAGUAAAUCAGUCUGGAAAUCCUACAAAAGAUGAGCCUCAAGAAGUUGAGUUCCAAAGUGAAUAUGGACUUGCCAACUUAUCAAUGCAUCAUGAAGGCAAUGAGCUUGUUGAGGAAGACAUUGAUAUUGGUGGGAACGAUCUUCCACCUUUAACAUACCCCCCUGUGGUAUUUGAAAGUGAAACGGCAGACAGAAGCAGCAAACAUAGUUCUUCUAGCAGUUCUAGUAGUGAGUCAGGAUCAUCCUCCAGUGGUUCGGAUUCGAGUAGCUCUUCUGGAAGUGAUUUGGGUGCCAAAGUUCCUUCGACAAACAUCGGGGCUAAGGAGAACGUACUACCCGUGUUUAGCUUGGACCAAGAGAACGAUUCACAGGAUACAUUGAAUAUACAAGAACAAUGUGCUGACCGUGUACCUAUUUCUGCUGAUGAUGAGGAGGAGAACGUGUCUGAUAAAAAAUACCGAGCUGCCCUUUUGAAAAGCCGCUUCGCUGAUACAAUUCUCAAAGCUCGUGAGAAGGCUCUUGAUCAGGUGAAGGAUCCUGAGAAAGUUCGGCGCGAGAGGGAGGAGCUUGAAAGGUUACAAAGGGAAGAGAAAGCUCGGUUACAAGCUGAGGCUAAAGCUGCUGAGGAAGCUCGCAAGAGGGCUGAAGCAGCAGCCGUUGCUGAGGCUGCUGCAGAAGCUAAACGCCAAAGAGAGCGUGAAAGAGAAGCAGCUCGUAAAGCCUUGCAGCAGAUGGAGAAAACUGUAGAAAUCAAUGAAGGGAACCUCUUCCUGAAAGAUUUUGAAAUGCUUGGAACAGUCACAGGUGAACAGAAUCUCAACUUGGUCGGUGAAAUGAGUCCAAGCCGUACACCUGAGCCCCUCGGAUUUCAACUUGGGGGCAACCCCCUAGAACAGCUUGGAUUGUAUAUGAAAAAUGACGACGAAGAAGACGAGGAAGUCGAGUCCGCAGAUGAACCAACAGUUGAUGUUGAGGAGGGCGAAAUAGACUGACAGCUUAUGGUGCAUUUUCAGUGAUAAUCUGAGUGGAGCCUGUGGCGUGACUGGACCGGAUAACUGUUUUUUGAUGUUUUUGAUAUAUGAAGUGCACAUCACCCUGGCGGUUCCAUUCCUCUACAGAACUUAUGAGCUGCACAAGUUUUUGGAGCAAAAUAUGGUUGAUCAAAUGUAGUAGCAGGCACUGGAACCAGUCUUCAUGCAUGCGGGGUCCCAUGGAGUCAGCCCAUCUUUGGAUGGGUUCAUUGGUAGCCAUGAUGAAGUAAUGGACGCCCCUGUGCUUUUCUGGAUGGAUAUCUGGAAGAUGAUACUGAGGGAAAGGGGGGUGUUAGGGGGGAUGGGUGGGGUUGAGGUGGGGUGCGUCCCUGGCUCUUAUAGAACAACUAAUGUGAGCCGUUUUGGGGUAGUUUCGGUGACAUUUCAUGUUGUGAAUGUAAUCCUGGAAACUGUACAAAGAGGUUGCCUGAUAGAUGGAAAACCGUUCUUUUUUCUUCUGCA